AUGGAACCUGAAUAUACAAAAUAUAUCCUUGGUAAAGUUAAUUCACAACAAUACCAAUCAAAUUAUAAUAGUAUUCCUCCUCAUUUAACAAUACAAAAAGAGUGUUAUGCACAUUCUGAUUUAAUAACAUCAUUAUUAUUUUAUCAAUCAGGCAAUUCAUUUAUUUCAACAUCAAUGGAUGGUUAUGUUAUGGAUUGGGAUACAGAAUCUUUUGAUUUUAAAAAUGAUUAUUAUAUUGGACAUACUGGACUAAUUUAUGGUACAACAGAUGAAAAUAAUUAUGUUGCGGUUAUAUGUGCUGAUGGAAGUGUAUCAUUAAUUGAUAAACGAUCAGGGAAAUAUAUUUGUAUUGAAACACCUCGUAGAAAAGCAACAAAAUGUUGUUUUUGUCAAAAUGAUUUAGUAAUUGGAUAUAAUGAUGGAAUUAUUAAAUGUUGGAAUAUUGCACAACAAAAAUUUGGAGAUACUAUUGAACAACAUCAUAAAAGUAUUACAUCAUUAUCAUCAAAGAAAAAUGAAAUUAUGUCAGCAUCAACAGAAGGAACAGUUGGAAUAUGGGAUGUAAUAAAAAAAGAGAAAAGAUAUACAUUUUCAUUAGAUAAAUCAAUAAUGAAUUGUAAAUAUGUUCCAAAUGGGAAAAUGUUAUUAUUAUUAAUGGAAACAGGAGAUGCAUUUUUUUAUAAAUUAGAAAAUAAUUCUAAGUCACAAUACUUUUAUGGAUUUAAUAAAAUAAAUCAAAAUUCUCCAUUUGACUUUCUUACAGAUACAAGAGAAGGUCAAUUUUUAAAAAAAUUUAUUGUUAAUUCAGAUGGUAUUAAUUCUAUUAAUUUUUGGUCAGUAGAAACAAUGAAAUGUAUUCAAUCAAUUCCAACUGAUGAUAUUACUAUAACUGCAUUAUCUUGUCAUCCUACAGAAAUGUUUUUUAUUACAGGUGGUGAUCUUUCUGAUACGUCAAUUAAAUUAUGGAAAUAA